AUGACUGACUCGGAUACGGAAUCAUUUCACAGUGCUGUCGAUAGCUUGUCGGAUCGGGACGAUGCAAGCACUACCGGUGCCAUUAACCAAAAGAAUGAAGAGGUUGGUGAAGGGAAGAGGGUCGACGCAGCCCGAGAUAAUAAAUAUGAAUUCGGUGGAUCCAAUGAAACACAAAAUAAGUAUUCUGACAAUAAAUCCAGAGUAACUGAAGCAAACCGGAAGAAACAAAUGUUUCGGAAUUUACCAACUUUCAACAAACCUUCAAAAUGCAGACGAGUGCAGGAGUUUAGGAUAGAUAGUCAUAAAAUGUCUCGAAUUGGGAGUAAGGGUUCUGAGUGGGGACAUGUAUCGGAGAUUAUGAACAAUGUGGAUGAUGACAAUAUAACAGGAAAAACAGAUCGAUCAGAAGAAAAAAUCACUGAUGGUCAUGACGGGUGGGAUGACUGGGAGUUGGAUUAUUCAGGAAAAGAUGGUAAUGAUGGCGGAAUCUUAGAUAAAAACUGUGAACCGUCGCGGAUGCGAACAUCUGAUGUGGAAAAUGGAGUUAUUGCUAAUUCGAAAUCAAAGGCUGGAAUAAAAACAAAAGAAGUUAUCAAGGGAAAUAAAUCAUUCUGGGAUUGGGCCGAAUUUGGAGAUGUGGUCGCUGCUGUUGGUGAAGGCCUAACAAACAUAUCCAGUGCUGUCGAAUCAGGCCUUGGAUUGCCGGCGCUAGAAGAACUGGUAAGAAACCAAUCGGUAGAGAGAUCUACAAAUAAUUCUGCAGUGAUUACGAAAGAAAGAGAGGAAGUAACUAACUCUGGUAUAAAAUCGUAUGGCAAGUUGUUCGCAGGUUUUGGGGCUAACGUUGUAACGGGUUCAUUAGAUGUACUUGAAGCACUUGGUAAGAAGACAUUUGAAAAGCUAACUGUUCCGGAACAGGGCUCCGAAAAAAGACGAUUUAUUUUCGAACCGGAGAGAGGUCAAAAUUUGUCCGAAGUUUUGCGAGAGCUACGUGAAAAUCGAGCAGAAGAAGCGGCUCUUGAAACUAGUUAUAUUUCAAAGCGCGAACUGACUUUUAUUGAUUCCUUCGAGAAAUUUAGUGGUAUGCUUCAUCUGGAAGGCCUCGAAAUGCUUUCGAAAAAUCAUUUAAGAAAAAUCCCACCACAAAGAAGAAGUGAAGUAAACGGAAUUUUUGCUGAUGAUUUGGCAAAUACUUUGGAGGAAUAUCAGGAGAAUCAACAGGAAAAUUUCGUAGAAGAUUUCAAAGAAAUAUUGUUAUCCAUCGCUCUACCUUACAACGUGAGGCUGGAUUCGGGUCUGAUAGAUUCCUACAGACGAUGUAAAGAACGUUUGGAAAGAUCGGAUUCUAGCGAUCAGAUUUUCGAACUUUUCUUAGAAUGUUUGGCUGAUUUUACCGCUGAAAGUGUGCAGUCAGUUCAUAAACUGGGACAGCUGCUAUUGAUUACGACUACAACAGUGAAGCAGGAACCAUUUUCUGAAUUCCAUAGCCUAAUUGGACGACAAAUUUCAUUUUUCAGUAAUCAGUUUGCUCAACAUAUUAGCGCAGUUGAUACACCUUCUGAAGAAAUAGAAGAACUGGUCACAGCGGUUUUUCUAGCAGCGGGAGAUUCAUUCUCAUAUGUACAGCAAUCGUUUCGUCUUUUGCGACCAUUGUUAAUUCUGUAG